AUGUUAACUGAACCCAACCAAAUGAUGUGCUCCUUCAUGGGCAAUUUUUUUGUCAGCGAGGGCAGGCAGGGCAAUGUUCUCAGAGUGCUCGCCAAGGGUCGCGUACCCGAUUUAGAUAUUAUAUCAAUAAUGCAAAACAUUUUUUGCGGACGCUUCUAUGACGAGGGUCGUCUUAUUGCCUUAGGUGGCGUUCUUAGGAUGAGGAAUGGACGAGUGGCACAAAACGUUAUGGCAGAACAAUAUCCGCCGCGGGUGUUAUCAUUUAUCGAUCUCGCUAGAUCGUUUCAAUGUCACGACAUAGAACUUGAAUCAGAUCUAAUAGCUGUUGGUACAAUUAUUAACACAGAACCGGAAAUAUUGUCCGAAGAACUGCGUUAUGGUUCUCCUCUGCCGAAGAGGCAUCAUCAAUUCCACAGUUUUUCCAAUUACGGAGCAGGCGGGCAGUUUGUUAACGAUAUCACAAAGGACACGAUCGAGUAUGAAGGAUAUUUCAAUUUAGCGAGCAAAAAUUAUAUGUGGGAUUGA